GCCCUUUCUCAACAUCAGAGAAUCCACACAGGGGAGAGGCCCUAUGAAUGCAGUGAGUGUGGGAAAACCUUCAGUCGCAGUUCACACCUUUUUACGCAUCAGAGAAUCCACACAGGGCAGAGGCCCUAUGAAUGCAGUGAGUGUGGUAAAUGCUUCACUAGCAGCUCAGGCCUUUAUCAACAUCAGAGAAUCCACACAGGGGAGAGGCCCUAUGAAUGCAGUGAGUGUGGUAAAUGCUUCACUAGCAGCUCAGGCCUUUAUCAACAUCAGAGAAUCCACACAGGGGAGAGGCCCUAUGCAUGCAGUGAGUGUGGAAAAUGCUUCACUGACAGCUCAGCCCUUUCUCAACAUCAGAGAAUCCACACAGGGGAGAGGCCUUAUGAAUGCAGUGAGUGUGGGAAAAACUUCACUAUCAGCUCAUCCCUUUCUCAACAUCAGAGAAUCCACACAGGGGAGAGGCCUUAUGAAUGCAGUGAGUGUGGUAAAUGCUUCACUAGCAGCUCAGGCUUUUAUCAACAUCAGAGAAUCCACACAGGGGAGAGGCCCUAUGCAUGCAGUGAGUGUGGAAAAUGCUUCACUGACAGCUCAGCCCUUUCUCAACAUCAGAGAAUCCACACAGGGGAGAGGCCCUAUGAAUGCAGUGAGUGUGGGAAAAACUUCACUAUCAGGUCAAACCUUCUUACCCAUCAGAAAAUCCACACAGGGGAGAGGCCCUAUGAAUGCAGUGAGUGUGGGAAAAACUUCACUAUCAGGUCAAACCUUCUUACCCAUCAGAGAAUCCACACAGGGGAGAGGCCCUAUGAAUGCAGUGAGUGUGGGAAAACCUUCAAUCGCAGUUCACACCUUAUUACGCAUCAGAGAAUCCACACAGGGAAGAGGCCCUAUGAAUGCAGUGAGUGUGGGAAAACCUUCAAUCGCAGCUCAAACCUUCUUACCCAUCAGAGAAUCCACACAGGGGAGAGGCCCUAUGAAUGCAGUGAGUGUGGAAAAUGCUUCACUAGCAGCUCAGGCCUUAUUAGGCAUCAGAGAAUCCACACAGGGGAGAGGCCCUAUGAAUGCAGUGAGUGUGGAAAAUGCUUCACUGACAGCUCAGCCCUUUCUCAACAUCAGAGAAUCCACACA